AUGAAGGCGGUCACCCAUCACACUACCCCACUCAAGCAGUUUGUCUACUUCCAUCACACUGAGGCUCUUCCUGGCUCAUGGAGCGGUCUCGACAAUGCGAAGCUGACAGCUUCGGACUGUGCCCCGCGGAAUAGCCGUUACGACUCGCAGGCUGCUGUGUUCGGAUGGAAGUACCAAGAGGAGCUCGCCAACCAGAGAUGGUUCAUCGUCGGUUCCGGCGCAAUUGGAUGCGAGCUGCUGAAGAAUCUUGCAAUGAUGGGUGUGGCUUGCGGUAGCGAUGGUUUGCUGAAGAUCACCGACAUGGACCAAAUCGAGAUCAGCAACCUCAAUCGACAGUUCCUGUUCAGGCGUCCGGAUGUUGGGCAAAAGAAGUCCGAAGUAGCUGCUCGUGCUGUCAAGCAAUUCAACCCUGAACUCAAAAUUGAGGCUAUGGCUGAGCGUGUUGGAGCCGACACUGAAGGAAUCUUCACCGACGAGUUCUUCAGCAAUCUAAAUGCGCUCUUCUCCCAGCCGUCCGAGAAUGCCAACCGCUUUUUGGAGGACGGUAUCGAAUUCAUGAAGCACCUCGAAACGUUGGCCCACAACCAAAAGCUUGAGAUGUUGGAGGCUGUGGCGAAUGCGCUGGCCACGGACAAGCCUGAAUCUCCCGAGGAUUGUGUCGUCUGGGCGAGGACUCUCUUCCAGGCGAAUUUCCACGAUACCAUUGCUCAAAUGCUUCACAUUGGUACCAAGCGCUGCCCGCACGCACUGACCUUUGAUGUUUCACAGCCCGAGCACUUCCACUUCGUUUAUGCCGCGUCGAUCCUCCGCGCCGAGCAAUACAACAUGAAGCCGAUUUUGGACCAGGAAACGGUGGCCAAGAUUGCUUCCUCUGUGACUGUGAAGCCAUUCGUGGCCAAGCAAGGAGUCAAGAUCGCCGUCACGGAUGCCGAAGCCAAAGAGAUGAACGAGCGUGUUGAUGCUGAUAGUGAACAGGCGGAAGUUCAGCUCAAGACGAAGCUCGCCAAGAUUGAUCCGGCUGCCACGAAAAAGUUGCAGCCGAUCGACUUUGAGAAAGACGACGACACCAACCAUCACAUGGAGUUCAUCACCGCCUGCAGCAACUUGCGAGCUGCAAACUACGACAUCCAGCCAGCCGAUGUUCUCAAGACGAAGCAGAUUGCUGGUCGCAUCAUCCCAGCGUUGGCUACAACGACGGCUGCUGUGGCUGGCCUUGUAUGCAUCGAGUUGUUCAAGAUGAUCGACGUCGGCAAUAAGCUGCCUAGCACCCCACUUGAGAACUUCCGCAACGGCUUCAUCAACUUGGCUUUGCCGUUCUUCGGCUUUUCCGAUCCUAUCAAGGCGGAAGAGAAGAAAUACGGAAGCGUCUCCUGGACCCAAUGGGAUUGCCUAGAAGUGCCGGCGCCAAUGUCGUUGGAGCAGGUUAUCGAAUGGGUUAAGAACAAAACUGGCGUGGACAAUGUGACGAUGGUCUCUUCAGGCGUGUCGCUUAUCUAUUCCUUCUUUAUGAAUGCACAGAAUCGCACGAAGCGCAUGCCAAUGGAGCUCCGGGACGUUGUUGCCGAGGUUUCGAAGAAAGAAAUCCCUCCGUAUGCUCAUUCACUGGUGCUGGAGGUGAUGGGGGAAGACGGCGAUGGGGAAGAUGUGGACAUCCCUUAUCUCAAAUACGUCUUC